GACUGAAAGAACAGCUGAUACCUACGCCUUUCACCUGAGCCGCAGAGCUCCCAUUGUACUUCCAACCAGUCUCACAGCUCACAUACGGGGCUACGCCACCCAACAUCUCCCAAAAUGCCGCGCGCAGAAGCAGGAAGCACGAAGGCCAUCAGCAACAAGAUCAAAUCUAAAGGCCUUCAGCGACUCCGAUGGUACUGUCAGAUGUGCGAGAAGCAAUGCCGAGAUGAGAACGGAUUCAAAUGUCACACCCAAAGCGAAAGCCACGUGAGAAACGCUCUUUUGGUUGGCGAGGAUCCGAGAAAGUAUAUCGAGGAGUACAGCAAGGACUUUUUGAAUAACUUCCUUACUCAGUUGAGGACGUCUCACCAGGAAAAAGCUAUACACGCCAACAUAUUUUACCAGACUAUCGUCGCGGAUAAGACGCACGUGCAUUUAAAUGCUACAAAAUGGAAGAGCCUUACGCAGUUUGUCGCUUAUCUUGGACGGGAAGGGCUUUGUCGUGUUGAGGAGACUGAGAAGGGUCUUUUCAUUGCGUAUAUCGAUCGGAGUCCGGAGGCGAUGAGGCGGAGAGAAGCUCUUUCGAAGAAAGAGCGUCAGGAUCGCGGUGAUGAGGAGAGAGAGCAACGACAGAUUCAGGAGCAGGUCGAGCGCGCGAGACAAAGCGCAGACAAGCAGGAGGAGGAGAUAGAUCCUGAGGCGAGGAAUCUGCAGCGCAAGGAGGGCGAGAAAGUCAAGCUUAAUAUUGGCUUUGGUUCGAAGGCGAACGGCGAAUCGAAGACCGAAUCCCCGAAACCACAAUCUCCCGAGGUAAAGGAUAACGCCGCUUCAGCAACACCGGAGCCUGCCGCUGCUUCUGCAUCUCCGGAUCCGGCCCCAGUCCCGACCCCGGCUCCUGCUCCUGCUCAGGACGCGCCAAAGCCGGCAGUCAAGCUGUCCAUGUCGUUGGGUGACAAGAAACCGAAGAAUGUGUUUGCUGCUGCCGUGAAGAAGAACCCCCUUGCCGGAAAGAAGGGCCCUGUGAUGGAAGCUCCCAAGAAGAUGAGUGAGCAGGAGAGGAUCAUGAAGCAAGAAAUGGAGGCAAUGGAAAAGAAGCGCAUGCGCGGUGGAUUUGGAAUGCCGAACCCUAAGCGCCCGAAAUUGUCUUGAAGUCGACAUAUCUCUGAGAAUUCCCUUCACACAAGUCCAAUAGCAAUUUGGAUCCUUGACGACUGUCGUCUACCACGUCACGCCGAUCCCAUAGAUCUCCGGGGAAGCUGAUCAUGAUAGUUAAAUGUCACCAAAUUUGUCCAAACCGCGUGGUUGCGGUUACGGAGAAUGAUCACUUCCUUAUGACACAUGGUUUGACACUGCUUGGUCUACAGAGACAUCAUUUCUGAGCCCAAAAGUUUUCCCAAGUCUACUGUAUCACAAACCAGUGAAUGAUGAUACCCAACAAGAAAUAUAUGUU